AUGGAUUUUUUCAAUGGUGGAUUGAGGUUGAUGAUGUCACAUUGGUGUGACCUUAUGAUUGAUUUAUUUCAUCAUAUUGAAAAGCUUGCCCUAGUCCCAACUGAAAUUCUUUCAGAAUUUCAGAAAAAAGAUCAAGGAAAAUUCUUUUCAAGUUUAAUUGUUGCCAAAUACACUCAUUAUGAUGUUUACAGUACAUAUCUCAACUUUGAUCUCAGAUUGAGCAUUUUGGAAGACUGUAACCUGAAGGAUGACCUCAAGGAGAUUUUUAAGGGAGUUGAUGAGGGCACUUGGAAACAGGUAGAGUUCCAAUUUGUAACAGCCCAAUUGAAAUUUGAAGAAUCUGUGCAGUUGUUUGAUGAUUUUGAUGAAAUCAGGGAAGAAUUUAUCACCAAAGCAUCACCAAGCACAGCUACUUCAGUAUCUGACAUGAAGAUACUGUUGGAAAAUAUAAUUGCAUACAUUCCAGGAGUAGAGCUUAAGGGUUAUGCUUAUGAGGAAGAUGAAGUGCUUAUACAUUUCAAAUUGCUGUAUGAAAUGAUCAUUUUUGCCAAAGAUAGCCAAGAGUGGCAAGAUGGAGGAUUCCAAGCCUAA